AGUUUCCCAUAAUGCACCUGGGCGACCUACUGUCGCCAUGUUUCUGUACUUUGAGUAAACAGGUUUUCAUAAAAACAAGUCGUCUUGGGGAAUAACUGUAACAUUAAGUUUAAUUUAGAUGCAUCCUGUAUUUGUAUCCGGUUUCUAUCAGUGAAGAAUUCUUCUUGUGUUAUGGCGGCACAUGCCGGAGACGAUGACUUUGGCGAAUAUGAUAAGCCAGGUGCAGAGAGAUCACGGAGGAGAAGAGGAGAAGAUGAUGAUCUUGACAGCGACCUUGAAGAGGACCUGCUGGAAGAAGACUGGACAAACAAGAAGAACCCCUCAGAGCUCUCAGAUGAGGAGCUUAAUGACGACCUCUUGCAGAGUGACGAGGAGGAAGGGAAUCCCAGCGGCCAGGGUGCCACGGUUAGCCUGAAUGCCACGUUGGGCCUCGGUUCAACCUUUGGGGAAGAGGGGGACUUUGAAAUGAAUGCUGGACAGGGAGGUGGCUACGGGCAGGGGCAGCAGGAGUAUGCUGGAAACUACGAAGCGAAUGAGGGAGGCGUGGAAUAUUCCGACGAUCGGGCGGGUGGGGACGGGGCCUACCUGGACGCGGUGCUGGACCUGCAGAUCGACGAGCCGCUGGAUGACGAGUUUCAAGUCAAUGAUUACUCCGCGGGGUACGGAGCGCAGGAGGCUGAUGAGCAGACUGACCAACAACAGGAAGAGCCUGUGGAGGAACAGCAGGAAGAGGCAGAGCAGGCCCAGGAGGAGGACGAGCCAGAGCCAGACGACGCCCAGGCUUUUGAUGGGGGAGAGGCUGAGAAUGAGCCGGAGCCGGAGGAAGACGUAAAGGAUGAGUCAGAUGAGGAAGAUGAUGACGACGAAGAAUCUGGCCGGCUGCGCUUCAAGACAGAGCGCAAGGACGUGACAGUGGUGCGUCUGUCUGAUGCAUCGAGGAAGAGGAGGAACAUUCCAGAAACCCUGGAGUUGUCAGAGGAGGCCAAGGCCAACCUGCGGGAGAUGGAGGAGAGGGAGAGGCAGAGGAGGUUCGGAGGCCGGGGGAGAGGUGGCAGAGGAGGCCUUUUCGGAAGGGGAGGGCCCAUGGGAGGACGAGGAGGAGGGCCCAUGGGAGCAAGAGGCGGAGGGAGAGGUGGCUUCCCAAACUUCGGAAUGGGUGACUUCGGCGGUCGAGGAGGGCGCAUGAACGACCCAAGGCCCCCACUUAUGCACCUGGGCAUGCAGAACCGCAUGCCCUUGCCUCACCUCCUCCUGCACCACCACCAGCAGCAGCAGCAACAACAGCAGCAACAACAACAGCAGCAGCAGCAGCAGCAGCAGCAGCAGCAGCACCACCACCAACAGCAGCAGCAGCAGAGGCCGCCUGGCCUCAGAGGAGGUCCUGGGGGAGGAGGGUUCCUGGAGGUGGGUGAACCGCUGGUGCAGCAGCCCCUGCAGCCUCUGCUGCCCCCCCACCUGGCUCAGCGUUCGCCCCUGCGCUCCCACCUGGAGCCCCCCCAGCGUAUGCUCAGCCCCCAGGUGCCCCCACACACACAGCCACCGCCGCAUCAGCACCAUCACCAACAGCAACAGCAGCAUCAGCAUCCACCACCACAGCACCACCAACAUCACCCGCAGCAGCAGCAGCACCCGCAGCAGCAGCCCAAGAACAUCCACAUCAACCCCCACUUCAGAGGCCCCUCCUCCUCACCUGUGCAAGUGCCCUUGGUGCCUCCUACCCAGAAUCAGCCCAGACCUACGGUGGGUCCCCAGAGAUUUCCAGGCCCGGCAGACUUCCAGCAGCACCACCCAGGGAAUUUUGGGCAGCCUCCGAGACCCCCUCACCCCCCAGAGCCCUGGAGGGGUCCACCACCCCCUCACCAAGACAGAGAACCUUUCUUCUUCGGAGAGCCACGCUUCCCUGGGCAGCACUUGUUUGACCAACCCUCCCCACUCAUGAACAACAACAACAACAAUGCCCACCCCAUGCCAGGGCAGGGGCCUCUCUCCUUCCCCCAGCCUGGCCAGGGACCGGGUGGGCCCGGCUUUGGCCCUCUAGGGCCAGGACAGGGCCAGGGACCUCUUGGUGCGUUGUUCCAAAGAGAGCCGCCACCCCGGUCAGGCCCCCCGCCCCCGCACAGUGGCCCCCCAGGCCCGCCGGGGCCGCGGCCCUUCAUGGGCAACAGGCAGCCCUUCCCACCGCAGCAAGGGCCCCCCUUCAACUCCCAGCACAUGCCGUUUGGGCUGCAGGUACGGCAAAGAGGUUUAAUGUCUCAGCCCCAGCUCCUGGAUCCUCCACUAUCCCAUCAACCCCUGCACCAGCAGCAUCAGCAGCAGCACGACAGGCACGACCAGGGUCCCCACCACCAGCACCAGGGCCCCCCCCAGCAGCACCAGCCCCACCCCAACGACCCACUGCCCCUCAUGCACCUGGGCCAGCAGGGCUUCCACCAGCAGCAGCAGCAGCAGCAGCAGCACAUGCACGGCGGUCCCCGGCAGAUGCAGCGCCGCUCGCAGAACCCUCAGCAGAGCAACGCCCAUUCCAGACCACGCAUGAGCCCCCCGUCAUCCAUCCAGCAGGUUCAGGUGCUCGCCCAGCGCAACAGCAACCUGCGCGAGCUGCCCAUCGCCACCGGAAACUUCGGUAACAACAGCAACAUCCACUCGCAGCCUCCGCAGUCGCCCAACAGAGGAGGGCACCAGCAGCAGCAGCAGCAGCGCCCCAUGGGCAGAGGGAUGCAGGGCAUGGGCGGACACCAGGGCCUCAACAUCCAGAAUACCCGCGGGGGCCCAGGGGGUCGAGGGCAGGGGAUGGGCAGAGGACAGGGGAUGGGCAGAGGGCAGCCUAUCCCAGAGAAGACGGUGGUGCCCGCAGCACAGCCCACUCCGGUGGACCCUAAUGAGGACGAGGAGACGCGUCAGUACCGGCUGAAGCUGGAGGAGCAGAAGAGGCUGCGGGAGAAGAUCCUCAAGCAGAAGGAGGAGCGGCGACAGAUGCAGGCCGGCGUGCGCAAGAGAGAGCUGCUUCAGCGCAUCAGCGCACAGAACUCACAGAACCCACAGAUCCCACAGAUGCCCCAGAACCCACAGAACCAGACUCCCAACCAACACCCAGCAGCAGCAGCAGCAGCAGCAGCAGCAGCAGCAGCAGCUGCAGCAGAAACCCCUACUGGCCCAGGCCCCCACCCCACAGAUGCCCCAGCUCCCUUCCAACGGAGCCACACAGACUCAGCCCACCAUCCCCACUAUCUCCACCAUCCCUCGGCCCAACGUGAAGACCCGCUUGCAGAUGGCCAAACCUCAGCCCCAGGCUGGUGUUGCCCAGCAGAACAGUGGGCCAAAUCCUGGCCAACAGGGCCAAUGGCAGCAGCAGCAACAACAACAACAACAGCAACAACAGCAACAGCAACAACAACAACAGCAGCAACAACAGCAGCACAGCAGCAGCAACAACAACAACAACAACUGCAGCUGCAGCAGAGGAGGGCAAUGAACCAACAGAACACCCCAGGACUUGCUGGUAACAUGCCUAUGCAGGGGGUUGUGAUGGAAGGGCAGUGUCCAGUCCAGCCCCAGGCUCAGGGGCCCAGGACUGGAAGGAAGAGGACGGUGAUGCAGAGGCAGAACAGCACCGGCUCUCCUCAGCUCCCACAGAAGGUCCGGGUGGUCAAACUCUGCGGCGGGGGAGGAGAGGCUCCAGAGACCCCAGCCCCGGCGGAACAGCCGCAGCCCAUCGGCCGGCUCCCCCCGCAGCCACGCCAGCUCCCCAUCAGAAAGGUCACCAUGGGAGCCGGCGGACAGCAACCGCUUCCCGCGGGACAGGGAGGCAGGGGCCUCGCACAGCCCAACAGGGUGGUGAUGCCUGGGCGUGGGGGCCGAGGCGGUGUGGCCCGCGGGGGUCGGAUGAUGGCCACCAGACAGAGUGGGAAUGUUCCGGAGGAGCCACCUACCACCGUGUCCAUCGAGGGCCUGUCCUCCUCCACCACGGAGAAGCAGCUCAGGAACCUGCUGCAGUCCAUCGGACCCAUCCAAAUGUUCAAGAUGGUGCCCCAGCAGAGGAAGGCCAUUGCCAAGUUCCUGAACCCACAGCAUGCCCAGAGCUUCCAGCUCAGUUUCCACAGGCACAUGAUCGACCUGUCUCACAUUGACGUGUCCCUCAUCGACGGCUGAGAAGAGAGCAGCGGCUGGCCCAGGGAAGAGAGGAGGCAUGGGGGGGAGAUUUGGAUGGAAGGUGUCGGAGUCAAAGAGGAGGAGAGGAGGAGGCCCUACAGUCUGCUCACACUGGCAUCUCUGAGGCUCUUCUGUGGUGGAAGGGGGGAAUGACCACCCCCAGAGCAACACGCCUCUUUUAUAGUGGAGACAACGCCCGACGACAGUGGAGCACCUUCUCAGACAGCCCACCUUCAGGAGACCGGCAGACAAAACAAGAGCCGAAAGAACAUAACCCGUCUCCGGUGUGUUCCUUCAGUGAAUGCCCUCACACUGAAGGAGAGUGGAGUCAUGUUUCUAGACUGGUUACAUUGGCACCAGUUGUUUCAGUACCAUUAGUAAGAGAGAGACUUGAGGAUUGAGUGUUUUGUCACAGCUACAACACCAACACCACCAACACCAACCAACACAUACCAACACCAAACAGUCGACACCUGGUAAUGGUUGCGCCCCGCUCCUAUUAUAGUCAUUCUUCUUAAAAACUUGUACAUUGUAGUAGUUGUAAGCCUCAAAUGUCCCAUAAAAUGUUUUCCCCACUUGUAGAUUCUUUAGUAUUUUGGACCGCAGCUUUGAGCGGUUCGACUCUUAUGGCAGUGCCAUUUAUUACCUGUAGGGGGUGGUGUCUGACCACUGAUCUCAUGUCCAUUGUCCACCCCAAAGAUGUCCGUGGAGUUCUGAGGGCCCAAUAGCAGCUUUUACUGGGUAAACAGCACAACCUAGUGGAGAAUAUGAUCUGAAAAGUGGUGCUUUCAGUGGCCACUAUAUUUAACAACCCGUUUUCCUUUGAAUAACAACUAUUUCAUAUUUCACUAUCUUUAAAUCAUAUAAACAUUAGUACAUGAUCUGGAGUUUUAGUCAACAGGCUGGCUUUGGCAUAUACUGGCAUUGUGUGGAUAGUUUUUUUCGUUGUGGAACAGAUAUUUAGGUCUAUUUUAAGGCAACUUAAAUCACCUACCAAGAGGCUGGCAUCAUUUGUUUUCUCAUGACGACAUACUAGAAUAGUCUAACGGCACAAACACUGGCACGACAAAAAAAACAUUUUAAUGACACACUUUGGUUUUGUUUUUACUUAUGUUUUAUGAAUCAGUUAUUGUUGUACAUACAGGAUGAAAGGAACUUCAUAUUGACAGAGGACAUCAUACCGUAAAGUGCAAAUCACUCAUUUGAGAGCUAAGAUCUCCAAAGUAAUUGAGGCUCCUUGUGAAUCUUUUGGGUCUUAUACGGCGGAAACCCUUCUCAGCUUGUUUAUCGUUUGACGUUGAAGCGGGUUCAGGUGUGAGAAUGCGAGGUUGACUGAUAGCUGUAGUUUUUUUGGCCGCGUUGUUUAGUCGGUUAGGCUGGGCUUUUUUUGCUUUGCUGUGUUGUUUUGAGUUGGUGUUAUGUUGCCACGGUAGAGGGUAAUGCGUCAGUUGCUGGGCACUGGCUAUUUGCAUUGGGGGGAAAUGCUCUAUGUCAAAUAGGUGUUUCGGCACUGGAUUGAAGUCAGAAAAGAUUGUGUUUCUUUUGGCGUAGUGUAAAUCAGUGAUUUUAGAUUCUGGUAAAUAUCUUGAGUUUGGUCGGAGUUUCAGAGUAUUCACGUUUGUAUACAAAGUACAUACAACUCCCAUCUGUGUAGAGUUCUACAGAGAUGCUCCUUGCUUUAGUAGUUUCCCUUUUGGACCUCAUCAUUCUUGGCAUGCAUGCAUUGAUAUUUCCAGCACAGCAUUUAUAGUAGGGUUUGCAUUCCGGCAAUUAGCAGACAGUCGUGUCCCUUCAGUUUGCCGCUCAUUUGAAUCGAUUGUAAAUUAACCCUUGGCCUCGUUAAUGUCCUGAAACCGAUUCAUGUCCCCACCCACAGAAGGAAAUGUAGAAAUGGGUAAAUAUCUUUACAUUACUUAAAUAAAUCAUCAAUGAGAAUUUCCCCCCUCCCCCGAGUGUGCAUCUCCCAGCCGCUAGCUCUUAGCACAUGCCAUUCUAAUUAAGAACAUUCUAUGCCAUUCUAAUUAAGAACAAGUCCAAAGAGUAAACUGUAGGAGCAGGGCGCCGCAUUAUCUUGAAGUUAGCGCUACAGAGGCACUUCUUCUCUGUUUGACUGUGAGGAGCAUGGCGUUUUCUAAACAGUGGGAGCAGCCAUUAUCUGUGUGUCGGUGAUCAUGUACAUACUGAAUAGUACACAACGUGUAAGGUGACUCUUUUUUUGUUUCGUUUUAUUUGACUAGUAUUAUGUUUACCACAGUGGUUCCGGGUUUUUUUUUCCGCAGUGUACAUAGUAGAACCUAAAGACUUCAAUUUAUGUGCUGCAAAACGCUGCAAACGCUUCCAACCACCCGUACUUCACACAUACAGAUUAAUGUCAGUAGCCUCAACCUUUUAGAUGUGUUUUGUUUGUAUCUAGGACAUCGAGACCUUGGUUUCCUCAUGAGUUCAAGCUUCCUUGGAAGCAUUUUAAUAUAAAAAAAAUAAAACAUGGUCAUGUAUAUACCAUAUCAUUAUGGGUACGUGAAGCCAUUGAACCACUA